GGCACAGACCACUCAAACCUGAAGAAAAAACUUGCCCGGAUCACUGCCUCUAGCUCUGCGAGCUAGCAGAAAAGCAGAAAGCAAAAUAAUAAUUCUAUCUUUAUCUGUUCUGAGUGUGGUGGUGACCCGCUGGUGACGGUGUUGCCGAUCCAAGCCCGCAAGCGGCGUGUCUCUCUAGUCCAGUGCAGAUGCAGGACUCGUAGCUUGAUACGAGACCAAUAAUAUUGAACGAAUAAUUAUUAGUCUACACCGGCUCCAGACCAGGUACAUGACGAUGUCCUGUAGUUCACUCAGUGCGCUCGUCGCAGUUCUCAUUGACAGUGACAGUUGAAGGAGGAGGACGGGGGAGCUGGUAGAUCUACACGGUUGCAGAUGCGCGGAGAUUCGCAGCGUUCCCUUUCCUAAGAGAGGAAAUCCUGUAUUGAUUCCGGCAUUCGAGCUGACAGACCUUGAGCCAUGGCUGCCAAGUGCACCGCAGAUGAAGUCGAAGAGCACUUGCAGUGCGCGAUCUGUUUGGACACGCUGAGUGACCCGCGCAUGUUAGCGUGCCAGCAUACCUUCUGCUUUGCCUGCUUGGAGAAGCUUCCGAAGGCAAGGGGAGGUGGUGAGGAUGCCGGGUUCAAGCUGUCCUGCCCAAGUUGCCGCGAGUCUCACGCCUUUCAGGACGUGAAGGCGCUGGCCAAAAAUCGUCUCGUCGUUCAACUGCUGGAAACAUUGCAGUCACAGUCAGUGCAGAGCAUCCCUGUGCAUAUGUGCGAGGAGUGUGACGAGGACAAGCGAGCUGAUGGCUUCUGCCAGGAAUGCCAGAUGUACCUGUGUACCUUUUGCAUCAGCUACCAUCAGAAAUCGAAACGAUUCAAGCAGCACGCUAUUCUGGCAUUGGCUGCCCUAGGAAGUAUGCAGAACAAGUCCGACUGGUCCUCCCUGCUCAAACGCGAGCCCGUGUGUGAGCGACAUCACGGGGAAAAGAUGGAGGUGUUCUGCAAGCAGUGCCGGAGAGCAGCGUGCAUCAAGUGCACUGUCAUAGAACACAGGCGGUGCGAAUGCAUCAGCCUGGAAGAGGCGUGUGCCAAGGCGACAGAAGGCAUUGAGAAAAAUAUCCAAGCUUUGUCGGCCGCGGCCAUCCGGCCAUUGAAGGAUGCUAUUGACAAAAACCUGGCUGAGGAAGAGCAGUCCACCAUUGAUGCGCAGCGCGCCGAGACAAUGCUUAAGGAGGACUUUAAACAGCUGCGACUCUUCUUGAAUCGCUACGAGGAUAAUCUGCUCGGGCAAGUUGCCGGAAAGCGCCAACAUGACAAGGAAGCACUGCAGAAGAACGUGGCUCGACUGCGGGCUGAUCUACACCGGGCUCAGCAGGUUGAAAGCGGUGCCAUGGAUCUGAUAGAGAAUUUCUGUCGCACAACUAUACUUGACCGUACUGCUGCCACCAUCCAAGACCUACAGGAAACGUCUGUUGGCACGAAGGUCUCAGUGGCUCUAGGUGAUUGGACUGCUCAGCAUCUCCGUUAUGAACGGAGCUCUGUUCCGGGGGAUUUACCCUGCUGUCAGGUGUAUUCAAGGCCAGAUCUGCAGUAUGCAGAAGUCACCAGAAAGAGAGAUGCUCCAGCUGAAGCAAUCAAGCAGCACCCUCUCCUGCUACCCGUGCUGACCGAGCACAGGAAGCCCACCAGGACUGGUCGUGUCGAUGUGCCGCCUGAUCACGAGUAUACCUUGUCGGAUGAAGAUUUCCACUCAGCUCAGCAGAAAGGUUUCAGUGCAGAGCACGAGGCAGUAGAGGCGGAUUGUGGCGAUACCCCUGGAGCUAGGGACAUUUUUGCUGAUCCUGCUGAGAGCGACAUUGGCGCGGGUGCAUUUCACGAUGGGGCAUAUCUUGCCGGGGCACAGGAACAUGCAUCUGACGGCACUGAUUUCUCCGUGCUCGACGUACCCAAGCAGAAAAGGAAGAAGAAAAAGAAGUCGAAGAAGACGCCGACAGUGAUUGCCUCAGGGGCCUCUGGGUCUGCCCCUUUGGCCAGUUCGCUUCUUUGUUUCGUUCCCCGUCUCGUCACCAUGGGACAACCCUAUAAAGAUCAGUCUAUUCUUAUUAUUCUUUCAUUCAACAUCAUAUGCUCCACUGAUGAGCUCAGGAGGAGCGAAACAGCUGUCUGGAGGGUCAUUGUCAAUAUCAAUCUAUAUACCGGAAUUGUCCUCGCUGUGGUGAUGGUGAUAUUACGCAAAGCAAUGACGAGCAAGAACACUGCAGAGGAAAUCGAGGAGCUCCUGCAAUGCGCCAUUUGCCUGGACACUCUGUGUGACCCACGCAUGUUGGGCUGCCAGCACACAUUCUGCCUCAAGUGCUUGGGCAUGCUCCCGUCGCAUCGUGAAGCAGACGACUCCACUGUGAUAUCGUGUCCCAGCUGUCGUGAAGAACACACUGUAGCAGCAGUGAACUCACUUGCAAAGAAUCACCUUGUCCUGCAGCUCCUGGACACCCUGGCGUCCUCCACGGCAAAGUCACCCAGGGUACGCAGCUGUGAGGAAUGUGUGGACAACGAGGACCGGCCAGCGCAGGGUUUCUGCGAGGAGUGUCGUCUGUGCAUGUGCAAGCAGUGCGUGGAACACCACAAGACAUCGCGACGAUUUGCCCAGCACAGCAUUAUUGCCAUCGACACAGCGCAGCCGGACGGUGAGCCGGAAGGCGGCACCACGGAGAAAAGCCUUCAGAAGAGAGAGCCGAUAUGCGAGCGACCAUCUCACUAUGGCGAACGAAUGGAGGUGUUCUGCAAGACCCAUCAGAAGGCAUGUUGCUUGAAAUGUGCAGUGCUAGAUCAUAAUAAAUGCGACUACACCAGACUUGAGGAGGCAUGCGAUAAGCAAUCUGCUGAAAUCCAGCGCAAAGUAGAGGCACUCAGCAGUGGUGCCAUUGAUCCACUCACCGAGGCAUUGGCUGAGAAUGAGGAGCACCAGCAGGAGUGCGAGGAGCGGAUCAACACUCUGACUGCAUGCAUCAAAACGGAUUUCGACCAGUUGCACAAGCUGCUGGACGAGGAACAGGAGCGUCUUCUGCAAGAGGUACAGCGCAAGCAGGCUAGUGACGCAGAGGUACUGCAGCGCAAUGCUGGCACGAUGAAAGCGGACCUGCAGCGUGCACAGCAAGGCCGAAAAGCGGCAGAGGACCUGCUGACGAAUUACAGCCAGACCCACGUGUUGUCGCAGGCGGCUGACACCAUAGCUGAGCUAAGCUCUGCUGAGGAGAACGGAGCGUCUCGCGUAUGUCUGGGUAUUUGUGUUCUGCGUGUAUUUGAAUAUACCGCCAGUAACUGGGAACCUUCUCCAUCUGGCGCCAUGGUUACAUCUGCUGGAGAGCACGGACAGUCAAGGGGGAAGGUGCCAUCAACACUGAAACUUCCUUUCCUUGAGUUGACCGAUACUCGGGUUGAUCAAGCUCCUGUUGCUGUUGCAGAUGCUGAGGAGAUGCUGGACAGCCAUGAUGAACUUCAACAGGAAGAGAUUCGAAAUCUUCCGGCGCUGUCCCUGUCCGAGGAGGAGUUUCUGGACCGUGAACUGCCUGCCGAUGAAACUCUGCCACCCACAUCAUCGAUUAGCUCCAAGUCGUCCUUGAAUGUAUCACCUGCGGCCAGAGACUCUGAAGGAAGAGUUCUGGGUAUGCCCGUGUACCAGGUAUACCAGCCAGCGCCUGUUGGCCUUUGCAGUUCAGCUGAAGAAAGGGUGGACAUCGAUGGUGACUGUGACGUUUUGGAAAAGACUUUGGUUCAAGCAGAUUGUCACCCAAGCAGCGCAUUUGGCAUAGAUGAAGAACCUGAUUCGAUAUCGCUACUACGAUCCACUUCACUCAUGUGCAGAGAUUCAAGGUCAUUUAAGCCACGAAUCGACGCCACACCAUUUCAACCAAGACAGCAACAGACUGGUCUGGCUGACGUCACAGCCACACAUGCACAGACUGCCAGUGCACCACAAUACACCAGUCGCAUGCACAAUCCUGUGGACUCAACCGGCAUGACACUUCAGUAUGGUCGCAGAGUAUCACUGGGGUCACUGUUUCGCGAUGAAGAAGUGCCAGAGCUCGCUCGUGGUCCUAACCUUCAAUCCCAACAAAGACAUGGACAUAAAGAAGAUUCACCGGAAGAAGAAUUCACGGUUCAAAUGGAACCCCAAGUUGAGACCAACCCUUCAAAGCAAGCCAGGCACUAUCCAAGUCUCAGAGAAUUUUCGGGGUCACUAUUUCGCGAUGCAGAAACGCCAGAUCACCCUCGUGGUUCUACACUCCAACCUCAACAAAGACAUGAAGUAGAUUCACCGGAAGAAGAAUUCUGCAAUGCGGUGCCAGUUGAACCCCGAGCGGAGACCAAUUCUUCAAAGCAAGCCAGGCGCUAUCCAAGUAGUCGUAUUGCCGACGUCUCAGAAUGGCCACCCGGCAUGCAAUCUACUGAACCUCAGCUCCGUGCAAGUACUCCGAGGAGGAGGGGCCGAGGAGGAGGGGCCAGAAGAAGAAAAGGCCGGUUGUAUGAAGUAGAUUCACCGGAAGAAUAAUUCGCAGACUUGGAGCUAGCGCAAACGCUAGCGCAAACGCUAGCGCAAACGCUAGCGCAACCCGAGUGCUGACCAACCCUUCCAAACUAGCCAGGCACUACCCAAGUCGUGGUCUCAAUGCUAAGGUCUGAACAGGGUCGCCCGUGCAAUCCAUAGAGCCUCAGUACCGUGCAAAUACUCGUAGAGGAAGAUGGGUCUGAGGGCUAAAGGACCAUUUCAGCAGCUUUCACUUUUGCAAGUUCAAAGACGAAUACUAGAUAUGAAGGUUUGACCCAAACUGCUACCCACCUGCUUUUUAAGUCGUCUUUGUCCAAAGUGGGACAGCUGGACAGCUGGGCACUGGCAAGUGUAAUCUGUAGCCACACUACUGUUAUUAUACUGCCAUGAUGCAGUGCAGAGUUUUCUUUUAUUGUCCGCAAACUCCAACGCAGCCACUUACACACUUAUUGUUAUUAUUACUAUCAAGAGUGUGCAACUCCAGCUAUGGGGUCUGCGACGGCAGAACUUCACAUCACGUGAUGAACCCGUGCACUCUAGUGCAUGAUAGAUACUGGGUUGUACGCAGCCCAGCUUUGGGUACAACUCUCUUGUGGUCACUUUGCACUGUUUGCCAGCAUAACCUUUUGAACCAUGUCACGUGAUGUGAAGUUCUGCCGUCGCAGCACAGCAUAGAGGUUGUGCAGGCAGUUGCACACUCUUGGUUAUGUACUCUUGUUAAUAUUAUGAAAUGCCCCAAACUGGCAAUAUGCCUAUCGAGGGGUUCAUUUGAUUGAAAGAACAUUAUUACAUGUACUACUAGUAUGGACAAAGACAAGUAGGGAUUGAUGAGGAGAGGAACGAGGAAAAUCAGCUGCAAGGAGGCGGAAUUCCGUUUAUUAUGAAACUUCACUCCUCAACUCCAAAAUUAACUCCGAAUUGUUGGGCCUGGCCCAUCAUCAGAGUAAUAAAAUUAUUGACAAAAUAUU